AUGAACGCCGAAAAACUCGCCAAGCUCCAAGCUCAAGUCCGUAUUGGUGGUAAGGGUACUCCCCGUCGUAAGGCCAAGAAGGUCUCUGGAAAGUCCUCUGGUGAUGACCGUAAGCUCUCUGCUGCUCUCCAAAAGUUGAAUGUUCAACCUAUUCCUGGUGUUGAUGAAGUCAACAUGUUCAAGGAUGACGGUAAGGUUAUCCACUUCAGUCACCCUCGCGUUUCUGCUGCUCCUAGUGCCAACACUUUUGCUAUUCACGGUCGUUCUGCCGAAAAGGAAUUGGCUGAACUUAUUCCCAACAUCAUCAACCAAUUGGGUCCUGACUCCAUGGCUGCCCUCAAGAAGCUUGCUGAAUCUUUCCAAGCCGCUCAAGGUGAAAACGCUGGUGCCGCUGCCGGUGCUGAUGAUGAUGAAAUCCCUGACUUGGUCGAAAGCUUUGAAAAGGCUGAUGUUGAAGACAAGGCUGAAGAAAAGAAGGAAGAAUCUGCUUAA